UCAACGGUUUACACGGCGUUACAUCCUAGACGACAGAUCUUUUCAUAUCCACCACUGAGAAACACAGAAGCCAGCAGAUUUUAGUAACUUUUAAAUGAUGACGUUUCGUUUACGUCACUGACUGGUAAUGACGUGCUCAGCGUAGUAUUUUCGCGAAUUCGCGAACCUACCAUAUUGUGGUAAACAAUAUGUAGACAUUACGUAGUUAUUUCAAUUUGAUUUGCAAGGACGUUGUCAUGAUGGAUUUUGAGGAGAGUGUAAUGGAUCAGCAAGAUCACGAGGAAACUGAAGCAGAUGAGUUGCGCAGUGAUAGAAAAGAAGGAAGCAAACGAGGACGUAAACCUGGUAGAAAGGCUGCUGACAAAGUAGAUAUGAAAGCCAAACUGGAGCGUAGCAGGCAGAGCGCACGAGAAUGUCGAGCAAGGAAAAAGUUGCGCUAUCAGUAUCUUGAGGAACUGGUAUCUGACCGAGAGAAAGCGGUUCUGGCCUUGCGUAAGGAAUUGGAGAAGUACCGGUCUUGGGGUCGAGAACUGGACGAGGGAAGAGUUCCUGAAGGAAUCCCGGCAAUGCUAGAGGAGUUAGGAGCAGUGAAACAGGAGAAGUAACCAGGAUCGUUGCAAGAUCAUCACUGCUCUUGACAGUUAACAGGAUUGGCCAUUUUUAAAGAAAGCCAGCUUUAAAAAAAGUGAUGCAUAUACAUAAAUUAUUUAGAAACUGGAGUCUGUAGCAAUGUCCAGCGAGCCUUCAUAACUGUUUGCAGUGUACAGUAAUCAGCUAGCAGGACCACAUUACGAUAUUCCAGUCAGUGUUUGCUACUAAAUUCAGUGUUCUAUAUAAUGAUAUUCUGCGUGCCCCCUGUGGUUCACUUAGUAGAGCCAUAAUCCCCCCCCCCCAAUUCAUGGUGCCCUUGGAAAACAGCCCUUUAGAAGGCCAGUAUUCUUUGCACAGUUUUCCUUACUCUGGGUGAUUUGGCCCCAGUCAUUCCUGUGCCGCUGUCCACACAAUUUUUCCACACAGCUUACUCUCUGGCCUGAAUGUGGAGGCAGUAGGUUCCUGCGAAGUGUUGGUGUUGAUGUGAGGCUGCAUGAUGCCGUGCACCCUCAACAAAAUAUGUUCCACAGAAGACUUCAAAAUAAAAUGUCCUGGCUACUAGACACUUUGCUGUCAAGUUCUUAUUUUAGUUCUGAAAGGAGACAGGAAGCGCCACCAUCUCCCCUCAGGCCUGCACGAAUUCUGGAUGCCACGUCACCGUGACACUUAAAAAUUUUUGUGAUGGUGUGUAGAAUUCUUCCUUCCUAUUAUAUUACUGCUGGAAAUGCAUGAUCAAUAAGAAAUUAUGGGAAAAAUCUUAUCUUUCUUCCAUUCCUUAUGCCUUUCAUAUCUUGAUUCUCAUUUUCUGUCUCUUCUGUCAUUUUGCUUCCCAUCCAUUCUAUUUGUCCAUCCUAUAAUCGUUCGUUUCCCCACAUCACCAAGCGAAUUGACUCAGGCUCUAAUGCUUCGGUAUGUAUGUGCCCAGUUUGAAUCUGAGCCAGAACAUCAAGUCUCAUGAAGGUUUUCACGGUUUUCCUCAGUCCCU